AUCAUUCUCCAAACGUCAGUCGACUGCACCGGACACGCUCCAGAGUCCAGAGUCCGGACUCUGCUGGUCACCAAGGAGCUGGCCUGACACCGGAACAAGAGUUUUCCUUUCUGGCCAGAUUAGUUUGGACUUUUUCUCCCGUAUUUUUUUGGAAAUGUGGUGUAGUGAAUUCAAAGUAGGCUAGUGAAGGACAAAUUUGAACAAUUGUUUGGUGUUUUAAAGAAGAAAAUUUGAAGUAAUUUUUCACGAGGAAAAACAAAAAAAAAACGCAGAAAAAUACAAUCCCGUGAAAAUUUUAACUUUUCCCAGAAAAGAACAACAAUCGGAACGACAAACGCUCAAAUUUAGGCAACACGCACAGCCAAAAACGUGAUCCAAAAUAGAGACUCGAAAUUCGAAAAUAAGGGUUGGAAAAUUUUCCUCCUCAAAGCCAGCAAGCAGCAGCAGCCAGAAAGCGAUCGAUAAAUCGUCCCCGUUGCUCAACGUGUAUGUGUGUGUGUGUGUGUGUGUGUGUGUGUGCGUUUGAGGAAAAGUCUCUUGCACACUUGUCGUAGCAAGCGGUGCGAGGACUCUUUGCCUCGUUCUCGGAAAACACACGCACAAGACAUUUCCACCGCACUGAGUGUGUGUUUGAUUGUUUGUGUGUCCGUCGUGGUGGGGUGAGUGGACCGGACUUACUGCGACGGAAUGUAGAAUUCGAAGAGAGAACUUGCACAGUGCAUCCGAGCAACUCUGCACUGAGUUCCAGUGAGUUCCCCUCGCUCACCAAUACUCCUAAAGUGCUGCAACCGGCAGCAACGUUCGCGACGUUCGCUUGUGUGUUUGCGGGUUUUCCUGAGUGACUAAAGGAAAAAAAAAAGCAAAAAGCAAAGCAAAAAAAAAAGCGCGCGCAUUUUUCGCGAUGAAUUUAUUGUUUUGAGGGAAACCCCCGCGCCAAGGACGCACAGCUAAUGUUUACAAAUAUUGGCGUGGAAAAAGGAGAGCGAGGAAAACCUUUCCCUGCAACGAUGGGGUGGCGUGGCGGUAAAGUGAGCACGUGGUGGGUGGCGAUGCAGGGCAGCACGCGUGGUUCGUGCUGAGCAGCAGACAUAUUGACAGGACUUGAAGCGGUGUUCAAAGGGAAGAAUCUCAACUUUAAACAGACAGAGUGCGAAAGAAGAUUGACGAUUUUUGUGAGGGACGGGUCGGAAAAAGAUGUCCGACUUGAUGAUUCCAACCAGCCCCCACCAACAACAACAGCAACAACACCAUCUUCAACAGCAGCAUCAAAGUGAACAGCAGCAGCAGCAGCAGCAGCAAACAUCGUCCACCGGAAGUGAAGAGCUCAACUUUACCGCCUUUAUCGAUCUGUGCCGGUUUUGUUCCAUCAAGAGUGGACCCCGGCUGAACAUCUUCGACAAGGAGGCGGAACAGCGCCAGCUACUGUUCAAGAUCCGGAACAUUUUGCCGAUUGUGAUAAACAAGGAAGACUUUCUGCCGAAGAAAAUCUGCGACCGGUGCCUGGCCAAGAUCGAGCAGUUCUUCGAAUGGCGCACCAACUGCGUCCAAACCGACGCCAUUCUGCGUAACUACGCCGACUCGAUGCGGGUGGUGACGGCCACGAUUAACUUUCAGGACGGUACGGUAAACAUUGACAAGAUGACGCCCGCGCAGAAGAAUGCCUACCUCGAGGCGCACAUGGCCGUGCAGCAGCAGAUGAUGCAGGCAGCCCAGCAACUUCAUCAGCAACACCAGCAACAGCAGCAGCAGCAGCAGCAGCAGCAACAGCAACAACUGCAGCCGAUUGUCCAAAUUCAGCAUAGUUCGUCCAGGUCGGCCAAGAAGUCGAAGCCGAACAGCCACGAGAGCCAGCCGGUGCUGCAGUUUCACCACCAGCAGGUGCUGCCGCACGUUCCGCAGCACCAGCAGCAACAACAACAGUCCAACCAGCACGGACAUCAACAGCAGCAGCAGCAUCAGCAACAGUCCGCAACUCCGACGACAAACCCGCUCACGUUGACGCACUACGCCCACACGAUCAAGGUGCCGCAGCUCAACACCAUCAUCUCCAACUCCAACUCCACCGCCGCCACCACUACGAACGCUCCGACGCCGACGACGACCGCGACCGGGACCGGGGGGGACAGCACCAGUACCUUCACCGUCCCGGACGACGUCGGUAUGGGUUAUGAAGGUGGAGUACGCGUUCUUCAAAGUUUGGGGAAUUGGUCACCGGAGAUUCCGGCCAACAUACCGCGGCCAAACCUUAUUCCCUUUACAGAACCGUACGCCGAGGGGGGCUCGAUGCACCCGGGAACGCGGCUGAAAGCGCUCCAGCAGGUUCAGCAGUCCUCGUCCAAGUCGAAGAGUUCCGCAAACAGUAAGGCCAAGGCCCCGGCGGCCGUCCCGACGGGCCCACCCAAGCCGGUCUUUGAGUGCACCGUCUGCGGUAAGGGCCUAGCCCGGAAGGACAAACUGACGAUCCACAUGAGGAUCCACACGGGCGAAAAGCCCUACAUCUGCGAGGUUUGCGAUCGGGCCUUUGCGCGGCGCGACAAGCUGGUGAUCCACAUGAACAAGUUCAAACAUGUCACGCCGACCAACAUUGCGCCGCUCGGGAAGAGGCAGAACUGUAAUGUGAAAAAAGAAGAAACCAAAAGCGAAGACAAUAAACCGUUGCUAAUUGACCACCACGCCCUGGCCACCCAAACCCUAACAACAGUGGUCAACAACAUUUCCCAACAACAACAACAGCAACAGUCAUCCCUUCAACAGCAGCAGCAACAAUCUACGAUCCCCGGCGGAAUGACCCUGCAGCACCACCAGCAGCAGCACCAACUGUCCUGGACCUGCGAGCUGUGCGGCCGGAUGUUCCCGAGCCGGGACGAGUGGACUCUGCACGCCAAGAGCCACUUGGAAUAUUGACAGCAAACAACGGGCAGCAGUGGGGUGGUGGUGACGUCUGUGGGUGGGACGACGACGACGGGAGGUAGCAACGGCGAGGGGAGUGGUAGCGGAUCUGGAAGUUCCGGUAAUGGCAGCAGCAGUGGCAGUAGCAGC